CUCUCAAGCCCACACGGCCACCAAAAUAAACCUACACAGCCUCUUUCAUGUAUGGACCACUGUGUAAGUUGGUGUAUUUGGGUAGAUCCCUCCCGGCCCUGAUCCCUCAGUCCUGUUUUCAAACAAGUGGACCUCAGACCCACACAUGCACUCAUCCACUGUAAAAAAGCAGCAGGGCUAGGCAGAGGGUAUGCAACAGACUUUUAAUGCUCUAUGGUCAUUGGCUACAAGAUGUCAACGAUGCAGUGAUACAUUGCUGGUUCCGUUAUUGCCUAUUCCUUUUGCAAGCAGGAUUGAAGCUCUUGGACAAUUUGAUACUGGAGCUGGGAAUACUUACAAUUUGCAAGUUACUCAGGAUGUGUGGCUUGAAAGAGGAUCUAGGAACUACAACAACCAUCAGUACCUUAUUGUUGGUACUCACCCUCACUAUCCUCUUAAACGAUCUCUGUUACAGUUUGAAGAUCUUCCGUCUACUUGUAUACACGUUCAUUGGGCCAAAAUGUAUGUGCAUUUUGCUUAUGCACACAAAGCCAGCUUUAUGUCAGUGACACAAGUACCAUACAUUUCUCGACCACUCCAAGUACAUCAGGUGAGGCAGAACUGGUCUGAAUCUGAAGCUACCUCAACCUUUCGUGUCUCUGGUCAGCGAUGGAAUCAGCCAUGGCUCGCUCUGGAUGGCAGUGAUACUGAUCCCAAUGGCCUUCUGUGUUAUCCUGUUACUAUCUACACCAGCAGGGCUCCAGGUUUCAUUGAAUUUUACAUCACUGAAGCGUUGCGCAACUGGCAAAGUGGAGAUCCCAACUAUGGUGUUCUACUACUGGCAACAAACGAGAAUGCUCUGGGAAGAGGCAUCAAAUUCUAUUAGUGACCCGCUACGGGAAAAGGACCCAUUUGACGCGCGAUUUAUGUACGAGCCUUUUACUAAAAGCCCGCUCCGUACUAU